UGCGAACUCCGGCGCCUGGUCUCACUUAGGAACACGUAUUUUACUUAUUCUUGCGAAGCGCAUCGCUUAAAACUUGAUUACGCUUGGAUAACAAGAUGCACCCGCGUCCCAAGUGACUGAACAGGUAGCGAAGUGACCCUGGAUGAGCGUGGGUAGGCAGCCGGCACCUCUGGAAAGCCCUAAUCCCAGGUCCGCCACCCAUUUGCAGGUUAUGUCCGCUUGUGUACACUGCGACGGGGAACCGAAGAAGCAACAGGAGCGGAUUCCUGGCAGAAGAGACAACCGCUGGUCGAGGAAUCGCCCCUGACCUGCGCAACAUGAUCGAGGUGCUGUGCCUGCUGCUCGGCAGGAUCCUGCUGCUCCUGGUUGGCGGCUACGAACUGAUGUGGCGGCUCCGAGAGCGGCUCAAUGCACUGGUCAUCUGGUCAUAUGACCUUUGGCGCAGCGGAACGGCACGUGAGCUGCACGAGCGGCGCGUGCUCGCCGACUGCCGCUCCCAGUUGACCAAGACGCCGCAGCAUCUGGUCCUGGUUAUCUCCCCCGUGGAUGCUGGCGUGGAUGCGGUGCUCCUGAGCAGGAUAUUUGACUUUGCCCUGGACGUGGGCAUCAAACACGUCAGUCUGUACGACAGGCGCACGAAAGGCAGUGGCUAUGUGGACAUGGCCGAUCUGUGUCGGUCAACCAGCGGGGACACGGGCAGCUGCUUAAAGUGGCCACCCAGUCCCAGCAAACUCGAGAGCCAGCCCAAAAACGGACAAAAGUCAAAUGGUUAUGUGAACGGUUCACAUUCCCCUCAAUUGCAGCUCCAUCAAAUCAGCGCCUCCGACGGCCAUGCCCUGAUCGCCGACGUCUGCCGGGAGUUGUACGAAGGCAGGGAGACGGAAUUGGUGCAGAGUCUACUUAAGCAGAAGCGCGAAGCGCUGACGGAGCAGAUCAGCGACAUGCUGAGCAAGCGACUCGGGUUCGAGGCCCCGGAGCCGGAGCUGGGCAUAGUGUUCGCCCGGCAGACGUGCACCUACGGCCUGCUGCCCUGGCACGCGCGCUUCACCGAGUUCCACACGCACCCCAGCGGACGCCACUUCGACGUGGAGACGUUCGCUAGCAUCCUGUGCAAGUACUCGCGAUGCGAGCAGCGAUGGGGCACGUAGGCAUCGUAGCAUCGUUCGAGUGGGAAACGACACCCUUAUAUUAACUAGUUACCUUAACAUUAUGUAAAUUAUCGCCAGGAAUUCCUUUUAGUUCGUAAGAGUAAACCGCAAAAGUGUAUUGUUCACAUGAAAGUGUAA